AUGGGUGGGGGCCCUGGGGCCGCGGACUCCGGAAUCCACCCGGAGGAACGGUGGUACUACAGCACCACCUUCCGGAACAGAGGCCAGAGGGCAGUGGUGCAUUUCAUGGCAGGCUUUUCAGGGAGCUUGAGUCUGGGGCCUCUGAGCCUCCACAGCAUCCCCCAAUCCCUGUACAGCAUCUUCUUAAUAGUGAUGGUCAUGAUGAGCUUGGUAUUUGGUAAGCUUGUUCCUGACAAUCCGGGACCCCCUCAACCACCUCAUCUCCCCAAAUACCUGCGUUGCUAUAGAUGUCUCUUUGAAACCAAGGAGUUGGGGUGCCUUCUGGGAUCAGACAUCUGCCUCACUCCAGUUGGCAGCAGCUGCUUCACUCUGCAUAUAAAGAACAGCAGUGGUUCUGACAUCUUGGUGAAUGACUGCCGCAGCCAGGAGCAGAUGAGUGAUUGCUCAUAUACUCAUUCUUCUCCUGUGUCUGGCUUCUGGAUAUACUCUCAAUGCUGCUUCUUGGACUUCUGCAACGACCCUAAAAAUAAAGUACUCUAACAUUCAUUAGAAGGACUACCAAGAACCUUGGAGAAAACUGCCAGUUUCCUGCCACCCUUCUGAUUUCUACCUGGGUUCAGCCAGGGAAACUUACAAUUUCUUAUACUACCCCUCCCUGCCUUCCUCAAGUCACUACCCCAGACUGGACUUUCCUCCUCUUGGUUAAUUCUCCCCUACUCCCACUCUGCCUCCCAGGUUCCCUCUCUUGCCCCAAGUCCCCAGGUGUUCCUUAGAAAUAAAUGUUUGGGCAAAGUG